AAUGUUACUAACACAAUAACCUACCGGAAAUGACGUCGGAAUACAAACCGGAGUCGGGAAGCAAUUAAUCGGCCUUCUCACGGAAGCUCUAUCUCGCCGGCCGGAGUGGGCCCAAGGCUUUUGCCGUUAUACUGGAGGAUAGCAGAAGCCGUACUUAUAACCCGACCCGGUUGAGAUUUUGGAUAUUUGGCCCUUUAUUUUUGGGGCCUUUGUGUUGUUUAGUUUUUCCUUGCACCGAGCAUUCUUCUUUCCGAGUAUGACGACUCGUAUAGCUCCGGGAGUGGGAGCAAACCUGCUGGGCCAACACGCAGCGGAGCGCAACCAAGACGCCACCGCCUAUGUCGGCAACCUCGACCCUCAGGUUUCUGAAGAGUUGUUAUGGGAGUUGUUUGUUCAAGCAGGUCCAGUAGUCAAUGUUUAUGUCCCUAAGGACAGAGUUACUAAUGCUCAUCAGGGAUAUGGCUUUGUGGAAUUCCGAAGUGAAGAAGAUGCUGACUAUGCAAUAAAGGUACUGAAUAUGAUUAAACUUUAUGGGAAACCAAUACGAGUGAAUAAGGCAUCACAAGAUAAAAAGAGUGUUGAUGUUGGUGCCAACUUGUUUGUUGGGAACCUUGAUCCUGAUGUUGAUGAGAAGCUUCUAUAUGACACUUUUAGUGCUUUUGGAGUUAUUGUCUCAAAUCCAAAGAUAAUGAGAGACCCUGAGACAGGGAAUUCCCGGGGUUUUGGUUUCAUUAGUUACGAUUCAUUUGAGGCCUCUGAUGCAGCAAUUGAGGCAAUGAAUGGUCAAUAUCUUUGCAACCGUCAAAUUACAGUUUCCUAUGCCUACAAGAAAGAUACAAAAGGGGAACGUCAUGGCACCCCUGCUGAAAGGGUUUUAGCUGCUAGUAAUCCAGGUACUCAGAAAAACAGGCCUCAUACCAUGUUUGCAAGUGGACCCCCCAGCGUUCCACAAGCCAAUGGUGCGGUUGGUACUCCAGGUCCCCCACGGCCUUUUGCAAAUGGUCCUAUACCUCCAGCUCCUAUUCCAGCAAUCCGGCCGCCACCUAUGCAGCCUAAUGUCUACCCANACCACCUAUGCAGCCUAAUGUCUACCCGCCAAUGCAAAUGCCUGCACCACAAGCUUGGCAGGGACAUCCUAUGCAACCAGGUGCAGCUGGCAUUCCGCAGCAGCAAAUGCAAUUCAGGGGAAUGCCACCUCCACCGCCCCCAC